ACCCCUCACGAUGCAGGCUCUCUUAGCUCAGUAUCUCUAUCCACAAAAGUCUCUGUUCUUUGAACUCCUCCAAACAAAUCAUCACUCGCUCCAGCGAUCCGAGGAGUUCGGGGAAAACCCUAACCCUAAAAACAAACAACGAACGAACACAGGACCUUCUCUCUUCAUCUCAUCACUAUCAGACAAGCUAUUCCUGUGGCUGACAAGGAGUGUGGUGUUACUUCUCGAUUUUAGUGGAUUCAAUUUACUUAGCCUGAAUCUGAGGGACCCAAAAUUUAUGAACACCUCAACUAACAGUUAUGUUUCAGAAAUUCCAUAGCAUACUCAACUCAACAAAGUUUACAAGAUUUAAAACUCUGAACUUGUUGUAUAGAAAUUUUCAUGUUCAGUCAAAAGUGGGUUUUAAUCCUCAAAAUAAACUGUCAACUUCAGAACCAAAACCAUCUCUAAACAAUGUGGGAAUUUUCUGGGACUUGGACAAUAAACCCCCAAAAGCAUUCGCCCCAUUUGAGGCUGCUAUUAAGCUUAAAAAGACCUUGUCUUCAUUUGGAGUUGUAGGUUACAUGGCAGCAUAUGCUAAUAGCCAUGCUUUUAGUUAUGUUCCUCAAGUUGUAAGAGAGCAAAGAAAAGAAAGAAAAUCGUUGGACCAAUUGGAAAAGAAGAACUUGAUUAAGCCUGUUGAGCCAUAUUUAUGCCAUGUUUGUGGGAGAAGAUUUUUUGCUAAUGAGAAGCUUGUUAACCAUUUUAAGCAAAUCCAUGAGCGCGAACACAAGAAGAGGUUGAAUCAGAUAGAAUCAGCAAGGGGGAAGAGGAGACUGAAUUUGGUUGCGAAGUAUUCAGUGAAGAUGGAAAAAUAUAAACGAGCAGCAAGGGAAGUUUUGACUCCAAAGGUGGGGUAUGGUCUGGCUGAUGAGUUGGAAAGAGCAGGAUUUUGGGUUAGGAUGGUACCAGAUAAGCCACAAGCUGCAGAUGUUGCAUUGAGGAAUCAUAUGGUGGACAUGAUGGAUAAAAGGAAGAUUGAGUGUUUGGUUCUUGUGUCUGAUGAUUCAGAUUUUGUGGAUGUAUUGAAGGAGGCCAAGUUGAGGUGUUUGAGGACAGUUGUUGUUGGGGAUAUAAACGAUGGGGCAUUGAAAAGAGUUGCUGAUGCUGGUUUCUCUUGGAGGGAUAUCUUGAUGGGAAAGGCAAAGAAGGAGGCCAUAUCGGUUGUUGGGAAGUGGAAGGACCGGGACAUUUUAAAUAGGUUGGAGUGGACAUAUAAUCCGGAGGUGGAAAAGAAAAGAUAUCAAUCAGAUGAUGACAGUGAGGAUGUAGAUUUUGCCGAUAUUACUGAUGAUAAUCUCACAGAUUGUAUCCCGAAUGAAGAUGGCAGUGCUUGGUGGGAGUUGGGAUCCUCUGAUGAAUGAAACAUUGUGCGUUUAUUGUUGACUUAAUGAUCUCUAAGAGUUCAUUUUUACUUUUACUUUGCUUCCAUUUUUGACUUCUGCUGUAAGAGCCGCCUGGAAGCAUGUGUGUAUCAACCCUCAUCCAUAAGAAACUUAUAUUUAAUUAAUUAGCAAUAAUUGCUUUUGAUGUCA